UCGAGUGAAGACGACGACAAUCCGAUAACAGUGCGUUUCAAGUGUCGACGUAAUGGUUGCUGUGAUCAGCAUGAGUGGUGCAGAUUCUGGGCAUCCGUUGGUGAAUGUAUUACAAAUAAGGACUGGAUGGAGGAUAAUUGCCAGCUGGCGUGUAACACGUGCAAACGACCAUCGGUCACGAAACGUACAAAACUGCGAAAUCCAUCAAGGCGUGUCCGUCCACCGCAUCGUGUCCCACCCAAGCACCGACGUCCCAGUGCAAGCAGGCGACCACCGCAAAUGAUUCGAACCCGUGUUCGAGUCACUCGUCCUCCGGCCGUCACCCAGCAAACGCAGUUUUUCGCCACCCAGCAAACAUCGUUCACAAGACCGCAAACCGUGCUCACCGCUCGUCUAACGCCCCUACAACGAUGCAAACAAAUUCAGGCUGACCCAUCGAUUGCCGCAGAACUCCUCAUUCGAGAACGUCUCGUAUUUCCGACUGAA